ACGUCGCCAUCUUGCCAAAUGUUUGAGUGGGUUUUUCGUUCCGUCGCGUGGCACAUUCCGGCGGUCGUCUCCAUCCUCAGCCCCCAGCAUCGAGUUUCCUGAAAAACUUAUUUUUCUUGAUUGCAGACAGAUUAAAAGUAGCAUCUCAGAUGAAAGAUGUCGUUCGAGGAGCUGAAGGAAUUGGGGAACCAGCUGAUGAGAGCCAAGCCACCAGACUACGAGGGGGCUUUGUCUGCCUACAGUCGCGCCCUGACACUGACACAGGACAAAGUAGCUGCUUGCUUGCUGACUAAUCGAAGCCUGGCAUACCUGAAACUCAAUCAAAACGAAAAGGCCCUAGAAGAUGCCGAGCUGGCUAUAACGAUCGACCCCGGGUGGGCCAAAGGCUAUUGGAGGAAGUGCAGCGCCCUGGCUGCCCUGGAGAGGCACCUCGAGGUCCUCCCGGCUGCACAGGACGGCUUUAAACUCCUCAAGAGCAACGCCACCUGCCGAGAGUUCGCGUCCGCCUGGCUGAGGGCCUGCCGCUCGAUUUUUGGCCAGUACGAGAAGUCCCUGCCUCUGCCAACCGGCACAGUCCUACUCUCGGAGAACUAUCUGGAAAUCCUCAUGCUAUCGCUGUAUUCCAGGACGUCCACGUCCGCAGGAAUGACAGAGGAACAGAUGACCGUGCAUCUGAAGCACACAGCGGAGGAGUUUCAGCGCAUCAUGACUGCGUUUGGACAGCCACCGUGCCAUUCGGUAAUGGAUUGGGUGGAGGCUGUAGCCGCCAAUCUGGAUCCCACUGCACCGGGUAUCCCAGUUAAGCUGCUAGACAGUUCCCUCGAGAAAACCAAGCAAUUCUGCUCUGACCUUUCCGCGUUGCACGUGGCCCUUGCUGACAUCGCCCGGCCCCUUGUCGCCCUGGCUGUGAUAGUCAUUCUGUCCCGCACCUAUGUCCUCAACUGCUCAAACACUUGCCACCGAGUUAUACAGUACAAGCUGAGUCUGUGUCUGCCGAUCUUCGAGCAGUCUAUCAUGAACACCCCGGAGUACAUUGGCAUCCACCUGGGAACAGUAGGUGGCUUUCUGGACUCGUUCGUCGGACGGGGGAUGCUUACAGGAGAAGACACCUCACUGAUGGAGGAGUAUUGCCUCAAGAUGGACCGACUGCUCGUGACCUAUCCCCGCACUGCGUGGGAAUACACGGAGUUGGUCGACAUCAGCACCCGCAUCGUUGCAAACGUCAGGAAUAUCUUAUCAGCACACCGGACGGGCGUGUUCGUCACCUCCUGGGGUCUCCCCGAUGAGCCAGUCAAGAUGAACGCGGAGUUUGCGCGGAGAGAUGCAGACAAGUGUCCGGCCAAGGUCGGGAAAUACAUUGCAGAACGACUGAAAGAAGUGAAGGAGAAACAAGCGGGGGAACUGUUCAUACGCGACGGUGAAGACCUGCUAACAUUGACAGAUGUUUGUCUUACGAUUAAGGAGAAAGACCUUGCUAAGGAGGUUUUUGAGUUGGGGGAGAGGGUCAUGUUCACCGUGUUCGGUCUCCAGAUGGCUCGUGGCGUGAUGGGUCUGGAUGACGCGCCAACACAGCUCUCCACAGUCAGACAGGACGUCAUGAUGAAUGCUUUACUGCUCAAGGAGGACAACCCAGGCUUCUUCAUUGAUGUGGCCGUUCGCUGGAGGUCCUUGCUGACUGAGUUCCGAGCCACCCUCAUCCGGCACGGACUUGGACGGCACUACCUGGACACCUACUCCAACAUCCUCAGUCUGCAAGCCACGGGCAAUCUCCAACAGCCUUACCAUCCUGAUGUUGUCCAAGACCUCAGAAAGACCCACGAGGCCAAAGAGAUGGAGUUUCUCCGGCGGAACUCGCACCUUUGUUUCAAGGCCGUCGUCGAGACCCCGACAGCCGCCCGCAUUCGCGCAGCGCUAAAGCCGGAUGAGAUGGUUUUGGAUUACAUCUUGCUCGGGGAAUAUGAAUCGGCAGAGGUGGAUUCCCGGGCAGUCCUCGGGAUGCAUCUGCUUGUAAUAGAAUACUCCCAGGAACCGCACUGGUUUCCCCUCGACAGCAGCGAGUGCGAAGCUGCUGCUUCGAAGUGGCGAGAGGCGCUCAACAAAUCAGUUGCACAGAUGAACGAUCCUGACACUGACGAUAUGUCGAAGCUCAAAGCUGCGAGCCUACGGUUGACGGAAGCGAUAUUCCCCGAUUCGGUGUUACAGCAGUUGAAAAGUGAGCAGGUGAAACAUGUUUACAUUGCGCCGGACUUGAUGCUGACCUCUCUUCCGCUGGAGCUCCUCCAAGAACUGGGUGGUGACUAUGUCUUUGAUACUUGUUCGGUCUCCUAUAUCAGCUCGGGGAGGGAACUUCUUCGAGAAGAAGUGAUGCAUCAGGUGGCACUUUAUGGCACCAGGAACCAAACCCCUAACCAAGACGUCGCAGAUCAUCAGCCAAAUGGCACAGCCGACGAAGAUACUGGGGGAGCAGAAAAUUCAAAGGCAACUAGCGGUGACAAGACGGAUAAAGAGCAUCAUCAAACCGCAGAGAUGGAGCAGCCCCCGGACACCUCUGAUAGAGAGAAGAAUCAACAAUACAUGCAGACACCACAGAAGAAAUGCCUGUCUACGUUAUCUGACAACACCGAUUGCUUCAUCAUCGGCGAUCCCAACUUCAACCUGAAAGAUUCAUCGGGAGGUAAUAACAGAGAUCUCGUUCAGAUGUUGAUGGACCUCUGGAAGCCUUCGAGUACGGGACGUACAGUUAGCCAGUUGCUGCACAGCAGGGAGGAGAGCGACAACGUGGAAGAAAUACUGACAAUGUUGGGGCCGGAGUUAAAUGUCCAUAAAAUUUCUGGCGACGACGCCACCGUCUCAGCUGUCCUGCAGUUGAAGUCUCCCUUUGUUGUCCACUUAAGCAGUCACGGCUUCAGUCAACCUGAUAUCAGUGCUUACCGUGGGAAUUUUUGGGACGACACCAAAUCGGCAGUGGUUCUGGCAGGAUACAACACGUAUGCCAGCCGGCGCUACAGCGAAAUCGAUCUACGCACCGGGUCGGGUAUGCUGUCCUCCCUUGCCAUAUCUGGCCUGGAUCUCCGGGGGACUCGGCUAGUCGUGCUCUCCAUGUGCCUGUCUGGAGUGGGCUCUGCGACGUUCCAGGAAUCCGUCCGCAGCCUGGCCGAUGCUGCCCGGGCCGCUGGAGCGGAGACUGUGGUGGCCACCUUCUGGAAGGUCCUAGACUUGGACGCGGCUGAAUUUGUCAAGCACUUCUACAACCGACUGUGUCAAAUUGGCGUGCGUCCGUCACAAGCGAUCAAAGAGGCUCGAGUAGAGAUGAGACAAGAUCCGCGCUAUGCACACUGGUACCACAACUCAGCCUUUGCUUGCUUCGGAUAUGAUUUACCGCUCUUCCCAAAACAGAACUAGAAAUGUAUGGCCAAAAAAUUUAAGAGGAUUUUUUCCAAGGGGUUAUACCAUCCUUUGAAUUCGAUAUUUUGACCCACUUCCAUGAUGUGUCCUGAGAAAGAUUCUGCCAGGAUCGAAACGUCAAGCCUUCUGGAUUUUCUAUACAUGUAAUAAGUCAUUCUAGCUAUCAAGAAGUUCGCAGCAGUUUUUCUGCAUCAUAUAGAUAAAAAGUGUAGAAAAAAUGAACUCUUGGAAAUACAGCAAAAGUCACUCAAAGAAAAACAAAAGUGACUUGAAUCUUAAUUUCUUAUGUUUAUGAACGAUUUAAAUUAAAACACCUGUCAUCUGGAGUACGAAUUCUACAGGAAACAAUUUCUUAAUGGAAUUGAACAAUCCGUGAAAAUCCUACAUUAAAAAUGAAGACACAAGCAGAUUUUCCUCAGAAAUAGAUUCAAGACGUAAAAUAUUACUUUUGAGCAACACACGUAUAACCAACACGAACCUAUAGCCUGGGUGACCACCCAAGUCAGAGCGUGGUACAACUGUCUUUGCAUGAACGGGAUGAAACACUCGUUUGGCUUCACAUUCGAGGCCUUCAGAUAAAGCAGAUGAUGAUGAGGAUGUUUUAACAUCUGGGGACACAAAGCACCCGAAGUGACUUGUGAAAUGCUUCAGUGGCUAAUGAAAGUAACAUGUAUGGCUCAGCUUCCUCAUCAUGUUUGUAGCAAUUACUCACAGCUCACAAAAUAUCUUCAUGUAGAAAGCCGCGGAAAAGACAGAGAGUAACGUCGACGUCAUUCGACAAAAAGAAAAGCCAAUAUGACUUCCAAAACUUUGAACAGUAUGCUACGUAAUGUCUUUUUAUGUACAAUUGCUAAACCAGUAUUUUAAUGCGAAGCAUUUUGUAUUUGAUCAACUGUAUUUCCCUCCUUAUGUGCGAAAUAAUAGUAUACUCGAGCGAGAGGGCACAUCAUUGAAUAUCCGUUAUGCCAGCGCGCGUCUUUGUAUGGGACCAUGACGAUUCGACGCAGACAAUCGACCGAGUGAUUAAGCGUCUCCAUAUUGUGUACCAUCGGGGACUUUAGGGCGAUGCUAGGUUGGUCUCUUUAUGUCGAUAUGGAGGAUGUACAUCUAUAUGCUUAAAUAGGGUUUAAAAAUUAUUGUUAUCAGGCAAAUUGGUUUUAGAGUGAAACUUCGAUGAGAAAUGGUGUUAUGCUGAAGAUCCAGCAUUUUCUUCAUCAGCUGGAAUAUAGCUCUUUCCCAAGUAGUCUUGAACCACGCAGAGGUCAGCAAAAAAGGGGGCAUGAACAGGUAAUCAAUACUCUCCCAAAAACAAGCUCUGGUCCUAGGCAGCUGGUGUGACAUCGAAAUCGCAGGGGUUGUAUUUGUUGGCACAUUUUCUUGGUUAUGUUUAAAAAUCAAUUUCUCAUACUCUAUUACAACACAUGAUCGGAUGACGCCGGACCUCCAAGAGUAUCAUCUGAUCAUGGGUACAUAUUGUUCUUCCAUAUCCUGUAAAAUAAAACAAUGAAUCCUCUUAUUUAACAACCACGUGAUCAGAUCAUGUGUACGUAUUGUUCUCCCAUCUCCGGUAAAAUAAAACAGCGCACCCUUUCAUUUUACAA